UUAAGGAAUAUAAUCAAUUUAAACGUUUCUUUUAUCUUGGCCAUCAAAUUCAUCGUACACAAAAAGGAAGAUUAUAAUUGUCUUCCUUACCAAUCCAGGUAGCAGCAGCAGCCAUGUCUAUAAUAUUUUGUUUCCCCGUUUAUCUACUUGCCGUUCCACACUUUCUUUUCCAACCCUUUUUCUAGACAUUAAGGAAUCUGUUCUCAUCACAUCUAACAAGUACUUAUGUCGAGUAGUUCAGGUUUUAUCCUUCCAUGCAAGGUUCCCAUGGAAUCCCGCAAAUCCCACCCUUCCAUUGUUUAUUUCAGUGAAAUCUUGGUGGUACCAAACCACAAGGGGAAACAUCAGAUUCUAAGAAACUCCAAGUUUCAACCUCUGGGAAGUGGUCUUAGAUUCCAAAUUACUGUCAGACAUAGUUACACGGUCUUCUGCAACAGUAGUGUUGAACAAGGACCUGUAAUCCCUUCUAGCCCUGCUCCUGCUCCUGGAUCCUGGAAACCUUGGAUUCUGGGAUUUCUGAUGAGUAUAAUCCUACCCUUUUGGAGGGGCAACUGGCGGCCAUUAUUAAAACUCAAACAGGAAGCUGAAACUGUAAUAGAGACGGUGGAAACCGUGACGGAUAUCGUAGAAAAAGUAGCGGAGCAGGUGGAGCAAGUGGCGGAUAAGGUUGGCGAUAGUCUACCCGAAGGAAAACUUAAGGAUGCGCUUGAAAUUGUUGAAGAUAUGGCCGAAGGAACAGUCAACGAUGCACGCAUAGUCGGAGAGUUCAUUGACAAGGUAGACCAAGUGGAAGAAGAGUUGGAAUCUUUAAUAAAACCAAACAGUGGUGAUGAUGAAGAAGAAGUCAAAGAGAAAAAACAAAAGGCCAAGGGCCAUGCUUAGGCAAAAAAUGGUACAUGUCCACAACUAUUCAAUUGCAAUAAUUAACUUGGAUGAAUAAAGACUACUUGAAUGAAUCUUAUAUAUUUUUUAAA